AUGUCUGCUGGUAACGGAGAGGAAUCUGUGGAUAGAAAUGUUGAAGUUUGGAAAGUAAAAAGAUUAAUAAAAAGUCUUGAAAUGGCAAGGGGGAAUGGCACAUCUAUGAUUUCUUUAAUUAUUCCUCCUCGUGAUCAGAUUGCCCGUAUAUCUAAAAUGCUGGCUGAUGAAUAUGGAACUGCUUCAAAUAUAAAGUCCCGUGUCAACCGACUUUCUGUUUUGGGUGCGAUUACUUCAGUACAAGGACGAUUAAAACUGUAUAAUAAAGUGCCACCCAAUGGACUUGUCAUUUAUUGCGGAACUAUAGUUACUGAUGAGGGUAAAGAAAAGAAGGUGAACAUCGAUUUUGAACCUUUUAAACCUAUAAACACAUCACUCUACCUUUGCGAUAACAAAUUCCACACAGAGGCCCUACAAGCUUUGUUGGCUGAUGACAACAAGUUUGGCUUUAUUGUAAUGGAUGGGAACGGAUCUUUGUUUGGUACUUUACAAGGAAAUACUCGUGAGGUGUUGCACAAAUUCACAGUGGAACUACCGAAGAAACAUGGUCGGGGUGGUCAAUCUGCGUUACGAUUUGCAAGGCUUCGUAUGGAAAAACGGCACAAUUAUGUCAGAAAAGUCGCGGAAACAGCUGUAGAGAUGUUUAUAAGGAAUGAUAAAGUAGUCGUUGCUGGCCUGAUUUUAGCGGGUAGUGCCGAUUUCAAAACCGAGUUGGGUCAGUCUGAUAUGUUCGAUCCGCGGCUGCAAGCAAAGAUGAUCAAAACUGUGGAUGUUUCGUAUGGGGGCGAGAAUGGCUUUAAUCAAGCGAUAGAGUUGGCAGCAGAUGCUUUGGCCAAUGUCAAAUUUAUACAAGAAAAGAAAUUGAUUCAGGGGUAUUUUGAUGAGAUAUCUCAGGAUACUGGUAAGUACGUUUUUGGCGUUAAUGACACGCUUCAAGCACUAGAAAUGGGAGCUGUAGAAACCCUGAUCUGUUGGGAGAACUUGGACAUUACGAGAUAUAAGCUUAAAAAGGAGAAAAUUGUUCACUUACGGCCAGACCAGGAGAAAAACAAGAGUCAUUUUACAGAUCCAGCUACUGGUGCGGAACUUGAGCUAGUCGAGUCUAUGGCGUUAUUAGAAUGGCUUGCUAAUAAUUAUAAAUCGUUUGGUGCUGCUCUUGAGAUUGUGACGGAUCGCUCUCAGGAAGGGGCCCAGUUUGUUCGAGGAUUUGGCGGCAUAGGGGGCCUUUUGCGGUACCGAGUGGAUUUUCAACUGUCGGAUCUUAAUGAAGGCAUUGAUGACAUCGACCUCGAUGAUUAUUGA